AUGAGGAAAGCCGUAAACGUUUGUGUUUGCAACAACUCUGAGAAUUGUUCAAGGUUCGAACUAUUGGGUUGGUUGAAUAAUACUUUGUGUACAAAUUUGCAGAAAAUAGAACAAUUAAGCAAUGGUGCGGCAUACUGUCAGUUGUUUGAUAUGCUAUUCCCCGGUGUAUUACAUCUAAAUAAAGUGAAAUUUGGUACUAACAUUGAAUAUCAAUAUUAUAAGAAUUUCAGUCUUUUGCAAAAUGGCUUCAAAAAGGUCAAAGUUUCGAGGGACAUUCCUAUCAAUGAACUUGUGAAAGCACGAUUUCUAGCAAAUUUUAAUUUUUUACUCUGGUUUAAAGUGUUCUUCAAAGCCAACUCUACAGAAUAUACAGUAUUGGAUUAUGAUCCAAUAAUGAGAAGAAAUCGUUGCUCCAUAAUUGCAGAAACGCCCACUAAACACAAAAAAACAAGGAGAUCAAGAUCUGCAUCGGUAUCAGCAACAGCUUCACGUCUAACUAUUGAAGGGCUGAAUAUAAAAUCUAGUGAUCUAAUCGAUAUGGAUAAAAAAUCUAGUAAUGUACAUGUCGUAAAUAAAAUAUCUAGUAGUGCACCAGCUGUGAAUAAAAAAUAUAGUAAGAUAAAAAUCGAUGUGGAUAAAAAAUCAAGUCACAUACUCGAUGUUACAAAGUUUUCUAGCCAAACAAAGAUGUUACAAAGUUUUUCUAGCCAAACAAAGUCACUAUUUCAUUUUGCGAAAUAA